GCCAAGAUGGCGGACUAAGCGGCGUGGCUUUCCGGAGAAGUUUCACAUUUACGAUCUUAUAGAUUCAAAAAUAGCAUAAAAUACCUCAAAUAUUCGCCUUUUCUUAAGCCCACCAAACGUGCAUUGAGUGUGGAGCGAUGGCGUGUUAUCUGAAGUGAAGAUUGAAGACGUGAUAGAAGAUGGACGACUACUGCUAUGCUAAGAUGGCGACGUCCGGUAAAAGAGAACAUGAAAGAGAAUCAGCGCCACCAACGGAGAACAAUCUGAAAAGCGAAGAUGAAGACGUCCGGCAGCUGAUCGGUAAUCUAGAAGAAGUUUCCCCUCAGUUAGGGGGGAGCUCCACUUUGAAGCAGGAGACUCCACAACCACCCUGCAUUAAAAAGGAAGAGGAGGAACUCUGCAUCACUCAGGAGGGAGAGUGUCUUCUAGGACGAGAGGAAGCUGAUUACACCAAGUUUCCACUGAGUAUUCUCUCUGUGAAGACUGAAGAUGAAGAAGAGAAACCACAAGACGAAGACGAGGUUGAAGAACCUUUGAGCAGUGAUAAAGACUGUGAAGACGUCCAGCAGCUGAUCGAUAAUCCAGAAGAAGUUUCUCCUCAGUUAGGGGGGAGCUCCACUUUGAAGCAGGAGACUCCACAACCACCCUGCAUUAAAAAGGAAGAGGAGGAACUCUGCAUCACUCAGGAGGGAGAGUGUCUUCUAGGACGAGAGGAAGCUGAUUACACCAAGUUUCCACUGAGCAUUCUCUCUGUGAAGACUGAAGAUGAUGAAGAGAAACCACAAGCAGACAACCUCUUAGCUCCACUAUCAGAUAGUGAGGCUGAAGACGAGGUUGAAGAACCUUUGAGCAGCGAUAAAGACUGUGAAGGUGAUAUGAGGACUCACACUGACAACAAACACUCUGAAUACUCUACAAAGAAGAGACGUAAAAAAUGUUUGAGCUGUUCAGUUUGUGCUGAAAGUUUUACUAAAAAGAGCCAUUUGACUCAACACAUGAGAACACACACAGGUGAAAAACCUUUUAAUUGUUCAGUUUGUGGAAAAAACUUUUAUCAAAAUAGCUUGUUGAGUCGACACAUGAGAACACACACAGGUGAAAAACCAUUUAAUUGUUCAGUUUGUGGCAAAGGCUUUUCUCAAAAAAGCUUUUCGAGUCGACACAUGAGAACACACACAGGUGAAAAACCAUUUAAUUGUUCAGUUUGUGGUAAAAGUUUUUCUCGAAAUUGCAGUUUGACUGAACACAUGAGAACACACACAGGUGAAAAAACAUUUAAUUGUUCAGUUUGUGGCAAAAGCUUUUCUCAAAAUUGCGGUUUGACUCGACACAUGAGAACACACACAGGUGAAAAACCAUUUAAUUGUUCAGUUUGUGGUAAAAGAUUUUCUCUAAAUUGCAGUUUGACUGAACACAUGAAAACACACACAGGUGAAAAAACAUUUAAUUGUUCAGUUUGUGGCAAAAGCUUUACUCAAAAUAGCAAUUUGACUCAACACAUGAGAACACACACAGGUGGAAAACCAUUUAAUUGUUCAGUUUGUGGCGAAAGUUUUACUCAAAAUUGCCGUUUGACUCGACACAUGAGAACACACACAGGUGAAAAACCAUUCAAAUGCUUAGUUUGUGGCAAAAGCUUUUCUCAAAAUUGCCAUUUGACUCAACACAUGAAAACACACACAGGUGAAAAAACAUUUAAUUGUUCAGUUUGUGGCAAAAUCUUUUAUCGAAAUACCUCUUUGACUCAACACAUGAGAACACACACAGGUGAAAAACCAUUUAAUUGUUCAGUUUGUGGCAAAAGCUUUUCUCAAAAUAGCAUUUUGACUCAACACAUGAGAACACACACAGGUGAAAAACCAUUUAAUUGUUCAGUUUGUGGUAAGAGAUUUUCUCUAAAUUGCAGUUUGACUCAACACAUGAGAACACACACAGGUGAAAAACCAUUUAAUUGUUCAGUUUGUGGCAAAAGCUUUUCUCAAAAUAGUAAUUUGACUCAACACAUGAGAACACACAAAGGUGAAAAAAACAUGUAAUUGUUCAGUUGGUGGCAAAAUCUUUUAUCGAAGUACCUCUUUGACUUAAAACAUGAGAACACACACAGGUGAAAAACCAUUUAAUUGUUCAGUUUGUGGUAAGAGAUUUUCUCUAAAUUGCAGUUUGACUCAACACAUGAGAACACA